AUGCCUGGAGCAGUCACAAAACCUCGACGCCAACCGCCAUGGUAUAGUGUCCGUAUACUUGAAGAAGAAAGACCCGAUUUGGCAGAUGCUAACGGCAAAAUAAACCUUGAGAAAAACGAAGCUGCUUUGAUGGAUAUGUUCAUUAGAAAAAAGAGCGACUUACAAACUGGAGAUCUGAUUGUAACAGAUGAUAAGUAUGUUCUAGGUUUUGACAAAGGACGAUAG